AUGCGUUAUGCAUCAUAUUUAUCACAAUCAGUUCAAACUAAAAAAGUAGCUGUCUUAGGUGCUAGUGGAGGCAUUGGACAACCACUUUCUUUAUUACUUAAAUUGAGUCCAAUGAUUAGUGAUUUAUCUCUUUAUGAUAUUCAACAUACAAAAGGUGUUGGAGCUGAUAUUAGUCAUAUUGAAACACCAGUUAAAGUUAAAGCUUAUGUCGGCAAAGAUGAAUUAGCUGAUGCACUAGAAGGCAUGGAUCUUGUUCUUAUUCCAGCUGGUGUACCGAGAAAACCUGGUAUGACACGCGAUGAUUUAUUUAUUACAAAUGCAACAAUUGUUGCUGAUCUUGUUUCGGCAUGUGCAAAAAAUUGUUCACAAGCUAUUAUUGCAAUUAUUACUAAUCCCGUCAAUUCAACAGUUCCGAUUGCUGCUGAAGUUAUGAAAGCAUAUAAUGUAUAUGAUGAAAAGAAAAUCAUCGGUGUGACAACAUUAGAUGUUAUUCGAGCUGCAACAUUUGUUGCUGAAGCAAAAGGUCUCGAUUCAUCACGAGUUUUUGUUCCUAUUAUUGGUGGUCAUUCAGGAAAUACAAUUAUUCCAUUAUUAUCUCAAAUAUCACCACCAGUUUCAUUUUCACAACAAGAAUUAGAUAGUUUAACUAGUCGUAUUCAAAAUGCUGGAACAGAAGUUGUAGAAGCUAAAGCUGGUGCUGGUAGUGCAACAUUAUCCAUGGCACAUGCUGCUACAAGAUUUUCAUUUUCAAUUCUUGACGCAUUAAAUGGUAAAGCAGGUACUAUUGAAUGUGGUUAUGUAGCAUCACCAGAACUAGAAUUUAAAUAUUUCGCUACACCACUUCUUCUUGGCCGUAAUGGAGUGGAAACAAGUAUUGGUGUAGGAAAAUUAUCUGAGUAUGAAACAAAAUUAAUUGAAAAAGCUAAACCAGAACUUAAUGCAAAUAUUCAAAAAGGAAUUGACUUUGCUAAACAAUAUUUAGCAAAAUCAAGAUAG